CUCGUCUGGCUUCGGUCACAAAGGUAACAGGUUGGAGCUGCAUUUAACGAAUUUAUCUGUCUGUCUCGAAUUAUGGAUAUGCUCUGCUCUUUCAGAAGUAGUUUCUCUCAGAUUUAAACAUUAUCUGUAUUAACACCAAGUAAAACAACAGAAGAGGACUCGAAAGUCGGAAAUAAAUUGAUAAAUUGUACUACUUUGACCAAAUAGCAGUAUGAGUACUCCGUCAGGUCGGAAGAGCCCCGUGGACUACGGGGUUCAGAUCCGCUUCAUCAACGACUCAGGAGGGGGGCUCCCCUCGACCCAGCUGAGAUCCAAGCCCCCCUCCACCUCUAAGUACGGGGUGGCUGUCAGGGUCCAGGGCAUCGCUGGACAACCCUAUGUGGUUAUGAAGGACGGGGGCCCAAAGGGAGAUUCGUAUGGGGUGCAGCUCCGUACCCACUACCCCCCAGGUUAUGGCAGUCUGCCUCGCAGGAGAGACCGAGAGGAGGGAGGGGGAGAGGGAGAGGGGGGAGGAGGGCAGGGAGGGGAGUUACGCAGGGCACAGUCACAUGGUUCAUUACUGGAGAGUGAGGGGGGAGGAGGAUUUGGGAGACCACCAGGGGAUGGGAGGUCUGGUAGCUAUGGGAACCUGGAUGGAGGGAUUGGGGUCGCGGAAGAGAGAACGUAUAGAGGGGAGGGAGGGGGUAUGGGGAGGAAUAUAAUGUGUGGGUCGUAUCAGUCCGGGCUCAAUGGGUCACUGGGGAGGGGAGGGGGAGUCAGUAUGCCCCUGACCUCCAUCCUUCCCAAACAGAUCAGCCCCCCUGACCAUGGCACACCCCAACCCCCAGAGCCUUCCUUACCCAGCACACCCCCACCCCCAGAGCCUUUCUUACCCAGCACAGCCCCACCCCCAGACCCCGUCAACAGACUGAUCAGCAGGUUUGACGGCAGCAGCAGUACCAGAGAACAACAGAGGGGGCGCUCUCCUGUAGCAGAGGACCCUAGAGACACCAUCUCCUCUUCCCUCGCCCCCAACCCCUACUCCUCCUCUUCACCAUCUCUCACCCCCAACCCCUACUCCUCCCCUUCACCCUCUCUCACCCCCAACCCCUACUCAUCCCCUCCCUCCUCCACUCACAGCAGCCUGGGGCGGGGCCAAGGCUCCGUUAGCAAGGCAACGCCCCACCCAGUCAAUCAGCGGGCUCCGCCGGGGAGGUUUGUCGCUGUGGAGACGCCGUCAGCCAAUCGGACAGACCCGCUGGUGACCCCUGACCUUCUGCUUCAGAGUUCAGAGGUCACCAGUGAGGAGGAGCAGGUCAUGCAGACCAUCUACAGUGUCCUCAGAGAAGGGACUAGUGAGAGGGACUCAGUCAUCAGACACAAAGUCAGGGUGAUCUUCCAGAAGAUCCAGGGACUCAAGUCCAGUGAGAGUUCUGGUGAGGAGUGGAGGAGAGAAAAGAGGGAUCUGGAGAGGAAGAUGAUGGAGCUACAGACCUCUCUACAGGAGGAGAGGAGGGGCUCUGUGGGCAGCUCUGACCCUGUGUUAAAGGCAGAGCUGGAUUCAUGUCUGGAUGAGAACAUGCAGCUCCAGGAGACUGUGGACAGGAAGAAGACUGAACUACACCAGACACACUCUGAGCUGAGUCAGUUGCGUAUGGAGAGAGAGAGUGCUGAGUCCAGAGUCAGAGCGCUGGAGGACCGACUGGGCGAGCUACAGGAGGAGCUGAGGACAGAGAACUGCAACAAGACGGACCUGGUGACUUGUCAAGCGUCUCUGUUGGAGGUGUCCAUGUUGAAGCAGAAGCUGGAGGAUUCUCUGAGACAGAGAGAGAGGGAGCUGACGGCCCUGAAGGGAGCUCUGAAGGACGAGGUGGCCACGCACGACAAAGACAUGGAGACACUUCGAGAACAGUACAGCACUGACAUGGAGAGACUGAGGAGUACCGUGGAGCAGGUCUCACAGUCUCAGGCGGGUAUCGAGUCAGAGCGGUUGCGUGUGAAUGCGUCGGUGCGUACUCUACAGCAGCAGCUGGAAGACUGCAGGGACGAGAGUGGCCACUGGAUGACGCAGUUCCACAAUACUAGAGAUGAACUACGGACCACCAAACAGGAGAUGCUGCAGGCUCGUCUGGAGAAAGAGGAGCUUGAGGAAGAACUGAAUGAAGUACAGGAGAGGGUCAACACCAUGAAACAGCAGAUACCAGACCCCAGUCAUACACACACACUCAACCAGGAGCUGCAGAGUUUGCGUGCCGAUCUGCAGCAGGCCCAAUCAGAGGCAGAGAAGAAAAGGGCGGAGCUCGAUAAAAAGGUUAUGGAGGUAAUCUCCCUGAAGAAGGCCAACCAGGAGCAGGAGGCGGAGCUCAAGUAUGAGAUGGACAGGCUGAGGGGCCAAUCAAAUCGAGCCAAAGAGGAUCUGGCCAAGGCCCAGGAGAGAACCAAACAGCUCCCUGACCCGUCGGUCGUGUCUGGCCUGCAGUCAGAGUUGACUGAUGCUCGUGGGGAGAGAGACCGACUGGGAGAGAAACUCUCCACCACUGAGCAGGAGCUGCAGUCAAACACCGAGCGGCUGGCCAGAACCCAGACAGAACUAAACGCUCUCAGAGACUCACAGCAGGAGCAGGAGGCAGCUAACACACGCCUCCGAGAGAAACUCUCACGCCUGGAGUCUCAGCUGGCUUCCAGUGCAUCAGAGAGUUCGGAGGCAGAGCUGUCCCUCCAGGCGGAGUUGAGGGGGCUGAGGCAGGAUCUUGACGAGGCCAGGAGAGAAGCCUCUCGGCUGGGCCAGGACCACCGGCAGCUCAGCCUGCGUCUGGAGGACAGGGAGAAGGAGAGGGACCAGCUCACACAGACCAACACACAGCUGGAGGAACAGAGGAGACAGCAGGAGCGGUCCCUAGACAAACUCAAUAAGGAGUUUGAGUCUCUGUCCCAGUCGUCUGGUGAGGAGGUGCAGGUUCUCAGGGCCCAGCUGGAGGAACAGAGAGAGAGAUCUCGCAGGGAGACACAGGAGGCCCAGAGGCAGGGCAAUGACACACUGGUAGAACUGGAGAGGAGCCAGACUUCCCACAAGAUGCUGGAGGAGGAGGCGUCCCGUCAGAAGAAGGAGCUGCUCUCUGUGGUUGAGGAGCGAGACAAUGUUCAGCUGGACAAGGAGCUGCUCACCAACCGCCUGCACCACCUAGAGGCUGAACUGGAGAACAGCAGGAGCAGCCUCACAGACAAGAGCAGGGAGCUCCGCAGCACGGAGGACAAGAUGAAACGACUGGAGCUGGAGCUGGAGGAGGAGAAGGGAUCUGUGGAGCUACUCACUGACAGAGUCACCAGGACCAGAGACCAGAUGGAGCAGCUGCGUUCAGAGCUGAUGCAGGAGCGAUCCUCCAGACAGGACCUGGAGCUGGACAAGAAUGCCCUAGAAAGACAUUUGAAGGAGUUGAAGACCAGAGUAUCUGAUAUGGAGGGUCAGUCUCGCUCCUCUGUAGGAGUGGCUCAGCUGGAGAGUAAAGUUCACGAGUUGGAGGAACGCCUCCACAGCGAGGAUAGGGAGAAGAACUCCAUGUUGUCGUCUCAGCGUCGCCUGGAGAAGAAACUGAAGGAGCUCAACUUUACCCUGGAGGAAGAGAGACACCAACACACAGAACAGAGAGACCAGCUGUCUCUGCGUGUGAAGGCUCUGAAGAGACAGGUGGAUGAGGGGGAGACUGAGGUAGAGAGGAUGGAGGGAUUGAGGAGGAAGGCCCAGAGAGAGAUGGAGGAACAGAUGGAACUAAAGGAGGCCUUACAGGGCAGAGUCACCGCGCUGGAGACUGAGCUCAAGAGGAAGGUGCAGCAGGCGCAGCGUCAGGCCCUGGACUCGUCGGCUCUGAGCUCUGACGAAGAUGAUGAAGGCCUGUACAACCCCUCCAGCAUCACGUCCAUCCUCACUGGGAGCAACCUUCACACCAGCUCCUGCUAGAGGGAGGGGUAGUGGCAACCUUCACACCAGCUCCUGCUAGAGGGAGGGAGGGGGUAGUGGCAACCUUCACACCAGCUCCUGCUAGAGGGAGGGGUAGUGUAGUGGUAGGAAGAGGAGGAGAACAAGGGCUAUUCUGAGCACUAUAGAGAAAGGAGGGAAGGAGGGAGGUGGAUUAAAGGGAGUAUUUUAAGCACUACAGGGUUGGAGGGAUGGUAGUAGAGGGAGAGAGUUAUUCUAAGCACUACAGAUAGACAUCUCCUGUACACACAGGUACAAUACACUGGGACAGGUCUAUAGACCUGCUAUAAAAACACUGUAUAAAGGAGGGAGAGAGGGAUCACCGGUUCAGGGAGAGGGAGAGAGAGGGGGAUCAUGGGUUCAGGGAGAAGGAGAUGAUGAUGAGGAGGAUGACUCACUACACUGGACAGUAGACUCCUAGUGGUACUGAAGAGGAGGAUUCCAGGAGGAAUACAAGACAAUAAACAUGAAUACAGUAACAGAACACUAACACAUUCUGAGAAGAACAGGCAGGAUGACUCACUGUCUAAAGCACUUACAAUCACUUACAGGACGGACUGACUUACAGGACUAAACGGCAAUACACUGUUGCACUCUUCAAUUUCAUCAUUACUCUGUGGUACACUAUGGUAUGCUAUGAUACUGUAAUUAGUAUGGUGCUCUUUAAUACACAGAAUUACGCUGUGGUACUGUUUAAUACGGUCAUUAUUAUGGUUAUUUUCAAUACUCUAACACUCUUAGUGAAAAUGAGUUUGGUCACAUGAUUACACUGACUGAAUAGUGAUAGGAGCAACCACACCAACAUGUACUGUGACUAUUUAACACUGUAGCUGGUUAAUGUCUGCUUUCACAGGGUGAACAGUGUUUCAUCUGAUCCUACUGGUGCCCUGUCACACGGACCUGAUGCACAGCAAACACUAUUCCAUCCAGUCCUUAAUGGAGAUCUGAUAUGCAAGUGUACUUUUUAAAACACGGUUGGACCAAAUGCUGCCAGAUAUGAGAAUGAUGAACAAAUGUAGAUAGUUUUUCUAAUUCAUGAAAUCAACAAUAUUCUGCUGAACGUGGAAUCAUAGUUAACAUUGCUUUAGCAACGUAUUCUGACAGUUUGAUUCCUAUUCUGCUGAACGUGGAAUCAUAGUUAACAUUGCUUUAGCAACGUAUUCUGACAGUUUGAUUCCUAUUCUGCUGUAUGUUCUACUACUUGACUGCCUGCCACUACAGAUGCAUGUAUGGAGUUUGCUCUGAUACCAAUCCUCUCUCACCAUUUUUUCACACACACACACACACACUUACACAUUGUAUUUGUAGCAUCUGUGUACAACUUCUAUGCAGUCCUUACAAUUAAUACUCAGAGAAGCUUGUGAAGGUCUUAAUCACUAUGCCUUAAAAGUGUACUCUGGAUAGAUUUUUCUAAUUGAUUUGUUUCUAUUUAAUUGGUUUUGGGGGAGAUCUGAGAGCUUGUAUUUUCAUUCAGUGAUACAGUAGUUACCACUGUAAGUGAAAUCGCUACAAUGUUUAUAUGUCUUCCAACUGUUCAGUUGGCUUGAAAUAUUUUGUAUAAAAUAUGGUGCUCUAGGGUUUCUUAUACCCUACACAUACAGUACUUACUGUUUAGUAUAUAUGAAGCACUAGACUACCAUACUGUAUGGCUUUGUUGUAACUGAGUACAGAAGGUGGUACAUGAUUACUGAUUUGUCAUUUUACGCUGUGAAUUUGUACUUCACAAUACCAAUCUGUUUUAUAUUGAAUUAAAUAUUGCGUAGCAAUCGAAGUCCAA